GUUUUGUCUCGUUAUUAAUAUAAUUACCAUUUGUAUGAAUGGCUUAAUUGUGGACGCAUUGAGACAACACUCAAACAAUGCAAAGAAUGUUCUCUUUAUCUUUGCGGAUGACGCGGGUCUGGAGACCUCAGUCUAUAAUAACUCAAUUUGCAAAACGCCAAACUUGGAGGCACUGGCAAAACGGAGCGUUAUCUUUGAGAACGCGUUCACAUCCGUGAGCUCUUGUUCGCCGAGUCGGGCGUCGGUGUUGACUGGUUUGCCGUCCCAUCAGAACGGUAUGUAUGGUUUGCAUCAAACCGUACAUCACUUCAACUCAUUUGAUUCGGUUAAGAGUUUACCGAAUAUUGUAAGCGCCAGAGGCGUCCGCACCGGUAUAAUUGGUAAGAAGCAUAUCGGACCCCAACAGGUCUAUACAUUCGACUUCGCCUACACUGAAGACAAUUACUCUAUUAAUCAAAUCGGAAGGAAUAUAACUCAUAUCAAAGAGUUAGUCCAUCUCUUCCUUACAGCUAACGAUUCCCGGAAUAUAACUCAUAUCAAAGAGUUAGUCCAUCUCUUCCUUACAGCUAACGAUUCC